CUUAAUUGCAAAGCCGAAAAUAAAUAGAAAUCUCUUUCGGCAGGUCGACGUGGUAGUAGUCAGGCACUUUCUCCUCCUGUCGUCGAGAGCGGCGCAGCUCGAGGAGUAAGCUAGCAGCCAUGGUGAAGAUUAGCUACUACAGGAACUAUGAGAAAACCUUUAAGAAGCCGAGACGUCCUUAUGAGAAGGAACGGUUUGAUGCCGAGCUGAAGCUCGUUGGAGCGUAUGGGCUCCGUAACAAGCGAGAGCUGUGGCGCGUUCAGUAUGCACUUAGCCGAAUCCGAAACAAUGCCCGUACGUUGUUGACUCUCGACGAGAAGAAUACUCGAAGAAUCUUCGAGGGAGAGGCAUUGUUGAGGAGGAUGAACAGGUACGGUCUUCUGGACGAGUCGCAGAACAAGCUCGAUUACGUAUUGGCAUCGACGGUGGAGAAUUUCUUGGAGAGGAGGAGAUUACAAACACUCGUCUUCAAGACUGGGCUGGCCAAGUCGAUAUCCAUCACGCUCGUGUGCUCAUCCGUCAACGGCACAUUCGAGUGGGGAAGCAAAUUGUGAACAUCCCGUCGUUCCUUGUGCGGGUGGAUAGCCAGAAGCACAUAGACUUUGCGCUGACGAGUCCGUUCGGCGGAGGAUGUCCGGGUCGUGUUGCAAGGAAGAAUGCUAAGGCCGCCACGAAGAAGGCAUCUGGAGGAGAUGGUGAUGAGGAUGAUGACGAAUAGACUACAGGAGGAGGUUCUUGCACUCUGGACGGUGGAGGCAGAACGGCCAACGAGUGUCUGUAGGGAGAAGA